UGCAACCAUCUCAUUUCGCUCAACGACCCUCCCAACCUGGGACUUCAUCCUUCUGCCUGUGCACACCAUGCCGUUUCUGCACGAAAUCAACCCACACUUAUGUGCAGCUCACUGCAGGUGAUUGAUUUGCGCGCCCUUGCAGCAUCCCUCCGCUCCCUCCCGGUCCCGAAUCCAGUUUGCUCGCUCGCCUGGUUGGGAUCACGACUCGUCAUCGCAACACGCCCUACAUGCACCUCGUUGCAAGAAAACAAACAAGAAAAAUACUUCUUUAGCGAUAAAUUUGGGCAAUCGAUCGAGUUCAGCUGAACAGGCCCUCUAAAUUAGCAUGCCGUACAUGCGUAACAGUAAGCAGGCAGCAACCUGCGAUGUCGGUAGAAUGCGCAAGAAUAGGU